AAGAUCAGUGCGCUCAACUACAAUCAGACCUAGACAACCUACAAUCAUGGGAGAAAGAAGUCCUACGAGUAACGCGCAAGAAAUCAAUGAUCCAUCAUGAUUAUACUCUUCACGGCAAAGUCCACAGUCCGUCACAAGUGCCAGGUAUCUUGGAGUACAAUUAUCACACGAUUUAA